UCAAAUAAAAUCCGGCUUCUUUCAUCUCUCUAGCCCUCUGGACUUUUUUUUUCUCCCCUCUGGAACGAUGGACAACACUGGCACGAUGAUCUCCACAUAAGUCUGCACUCUCUCACUCUCUCCCCCCCUCUCUCUCUCCUCCUCCUCUUCCUCCUCCUCUGUUGCCGGUGCUGUUCGUGGCUUAGUGCGCGUCUGGACACGGUUGAGGAUGCGAGGGAUAUACGACACGGGAAUAUAUGACAAGUGGAGGGAAUGUGCGGAAUCUCCCUUUUCAGCCCAGUUAAAGAUGUAGUUGUUGUAACGCGUGCACGGGCUCGGGACCAUUGCUCUCCACGUAGGAUCCCUGUUUAGUCGGAGCAAGUGCUUGCAAGCUGGCGGAUAUCUUUCCAACCGCGGACUGUACGCGCUCCGGUGCCGAGAAGGUUUUCGUGCCGAAAUGACUGAAAUGUCUCAAAGUCAGUGUGCUGCCUUGGUUGGUGAAGACCAGCCCCUCUGCCCAGACUUACCUGAACUUGACCUCUCAGAGCUGGAUGUCAGUGACUUAGACGCAGACAGUUUCCUGGGCGGCCUCAAAUGGUACAGUGACCAAUCAGAGAUCAUUUCUGCUCAGUAUGGGAACGAAGCGUCCAAUCUUUUUGAGAAGAUAGAUGAAGAAAAUGAGGCCAACUUGCUGGCAGUGCUUACAGAGACCCUGGACAGCAUCCCGGUGGAUGAGGACGGAUUGCCUUCGUUUGAGGCCCUGGCAGAUGGGGACGUGACCAAUGCCAGUGACCAGAGCUGUCCCUCCUCUCCCGACGGCUCACCGCGCACCCCAGAGCCCGAGGAGCCUUCCCUGCUGAAGAAACUCCUUCUGGCACCCGCAAACUCCCAGCUCAGCUAUAAUCAAUACACAGGUGGCAAGGCACAGAACCAUGCAGCCAGCAGCAACCACCGGAUCAGACCACCACCUGCCGUCGUCAAGACGGAGAGCCCCUGGAACGGCAAAGCAAGAGGGGGCUCCAGCCAACAGAACCGCCCGGUGAGGCGGCCCUGCACCGAGCUGCUGAAAUACCUAACCGCCACCGAUGACAUCCUCCUCCACGCCAAAGCCAGCGAAGCCAAGAGCGCCUGGGGGGGUGCUAGUAGCAGGGACAAGAGUGGCAUGGGUCUCGGUGCCUCUUCUUCCUCCUCUUCACCGUCCUCGUCAUCCACCUCCUCGUUCUCCUCCCUCUCCUCCACCUCUUCCUCCUCUUCCUCUACCACCUCCAAGAAGAAGCCGGCUGUGCCGUCUCAUCAACAGCAGCAGCAGCAGCAGCCGCCACAGCAGCAUCACCAGCGAGGUGAGAGCCGGGCUGGAGGCGAGUGUAGUAUGGCUGGUCUUGGGGCUGGGAAGUGGCAGCGUUGCGCUCACGAUGACGGGUUUGAGGAGUCGGAGGGUGCUACUAUCCCUGUUGGCCACAGAAGCUCCGCCUGCGGCCAUGCCCGCCCCAAACUGGAGCAUGGGCCGCCCAGUGAAGAAGGAAGGCCGCCAGGCGAUGCGGGCCGCCUGGCCGCCGCUAGGUUUAUUAGGUAUAUGCACUCUUAUUCCCUCCCUCCCCGAGAGGCGAGUCACAGCUGUGAGCAUUGCCGAGAGGCUGCAGGCGCCACUCAGGCUCGUGAGGGCUUUGGCAGGCAAGGCCGUAGCAACAGUAACAGUGCCAGCCGUGCGCCACAUAGGCACAUCACAGUGACUAUAAAGAAAAGAGACGAGAAGCCGGGGCACCCGUUACUUAGCCAGCUGCUCACCUCCAAAAACAGGCCCGCUCAGUAUCAGGCCCGUGUCCUCCCGCAUACUCCCAUUACCCCUUUACGGAGCAGUAAGAGCAAAUUAGCAGAAGCGAGGUCUGAGAGUCCAGCCCGGGCUUUUUCUAAGGUUAAGGCGGAGAAGGAGCUCAGAGGGACCACUGAUGAUAGAAACAAGGGAGUAAGUCAAGCUGAGGAGCCUGAUUCAAGGCCCCUGUUGUCACCUCUCACCUUUGACCUAGAGAGCUGGGUUAACCAGCCAGAUCCAGGGCUAGACAUUGCCUUUGGACUAGAUCUGGGGUGGCCAAGCCAGGGGGGCUACAGGGAGGAUGUUAACCAUGAUGAUGAUGAUGAUGAUGAUAAUGAUGGUGUUGUUGUUGAUGGUGAUGAUGAUGAUGAUGACCAUGUCAUGGGCAGCCCCGCAGCGGUGCUCUCACAGGGCCCACCGAGCCCACUCCUCCCAGAUACUAGCAUUGCAGAGCCCACCCCUCCCUGCAUCAUACAAGGGCAAGGGCACCCACACAUGCAGGCACUCAGCGAGCACCCCGAUGACCAGGGCCACCCAUUGUUAGCCAAACCAACCACCUUGCCACUUCCUUUGACCCCAGAGUCUCCAAAUGACUACAAGGGAUCACCGUUUGAGAACAAAACCACUGAACGCACAUUAAGUGUGGAGAUUGCUGGAACCCCAGGUUUGACACCACCUACCACGCCCCCACACAAAGCCAGUCAAGAGAAUCCUUUCAAAGCAUCUCUCAAAACCAAGUUGUCUUCAUGUUCCUCCUCGGCCUUGGCAUGCAAAAGAGCCAGGCUGAGUGAGUUGGGCCCCGGCGCUCUGGCCCCGGCCCCAGGUGCCUCAGGCAGGGGCCCCACCAGGAAGGGUCCUGAACAGACUGAGCUUUACGCCCAACUGAGCAAAGCAACCACCACCCUCCCUUACUCCGUCACUCAACACGCAGUGGGGGGCGGCCUUGAGGAGUAUCGCAGCACCGGCAACACUAAGCGGGCAACGCCCCGUAACUACAGCGACCAUGACUAUUGCCAGGCAACAGCUGGUAAUAAGAAGGAUGGGGGCUCAGCCACUGUUACCACAACCACAGCUGUGAAAAUGACAUUCACCUCAGGUGCCACUGAUGCUCCAGUGCCUGCUGAAGGCAAAGUGGAGAGCAGGCAUGUGGAAUUUAAGGAUUCAGCCAUGCCACCGUCAUCUUCAUCAUUUCCUCCAUCAUCAGCUUCACCUGGUUUUUUGGCUAAACAGCAGAAUUUUGGGUCUGUGGAUGGAGAGGCGGGCCAGGUUCGGGGGUUAGGGGAGCACGCCCUCACACAAACCGCUCAGAUCCCCUCACAAGAGGCCACUAUUGACAGGGACCAACACAAUCUUUGCGCCACCAGCCGAAAGCUCCUGUGCGACCAGGAAAUCCGAGCAGAACUUAACAAGCACUUUGGCUACCCUUUGCAAGCCCUCUACAGCCCGGGUAGCCAGGAAAAAGAAUCAAGCAGCAAAACGAACAAUGCUACAGCUCCUCAGUCCCUCGAGGGGGGAGAGAAUGACUGCUACCCCCAGAGGCUGCCUGCCUCCAGCUACCUUCACCCGGGGUUUCUGGCCUUCCACGACGAACUAGAGCUGGACGAGAGCCGUGAAAGUCGAUUCCUCUUUCCAUGGGAGGGCACCCCUCUGGAUCUACUCUUUGACUGCGCCCCCUGCUCUCCCUCUUCUUCCCCACCAUCCAGCUGCUCCCCUUCACGAGGCUCUGUCUCUCCACCUUCCUCCCUGCUCCUGUCACCCAGCAGACCUUCCUGCUGGGCCGGCAGCGGGUCCCGCUCUCGUUCCCGUUCCCAGUCUGGGUCCCGCAGCUCCUCUUCACGAUACCGCAGGCGCUCUCUCUCCAGCUCACCCGACAGACGCCCGUCCUCCUGGUCUCGUCACAGCACAGAUUUGAAUGCUUUUCGUUCCAGGAAUCACAAGAGCCCCCACCCCCAGCCUCGAUCUCCUCUGAGCCGCAGGCCAAGGUAUGACAGCUACGAGGAGUACCAGCACGAGAGGCUGAAGAGGGAGGAGUACCGCCGGGACUACGAGAAGCAGGAGUUCGAGAGGGCCGAGCAGCGAGAGAGACAAAGGCAGAAAGCUAUUGAGGAGAGACGAGUGGUGUACGUGGGGCGACUGAGGUCCGACUGCACCCGGACGGAGCUGAAGCGCCGCUUUGAACUCUUCGGUGAAAUAGAGGAAUGCGCAGUGAACUUGAGGGACGAUGGGGACAAUUUUGGCUUCAUCACGUACCGCUACACUUGUGACGCCUUUGCCGCCCUUGAGAAUGGACACACCUUACGCAGGUCAAACGAGCCCCAGUUCGAGCUGUGCUUCGGCGGACAAAAGCAGUUCUGCAAAUCACAUUACACAGACUUGGACUCCCAUUCAGACGACUUCGAUCCAGCCUCCACAAAAAGCAAGUACGACUCCAUGGAUUUUGACAGUUUGCUGAGGGAGGCCCAGCACAGCCUGAGAAGGUAACCUGUUCAGUGGCACCUGCUGUCUGUCACAAAGAGGGACUUCUGAUACCUCACGGUGGUUUCUCGCUCCUUUGAUGACGAGACUACCAGAAGUUUUACACUCUGUCAAAGAGUAUAUAAGAAUAAGUCUAUAGACCUAUAUCAAUAUAAAUGAAUAUAUCAAAAAUAAAGUUUACAUGAACAUAGCUGCUGAUGAGCUGGGAAGAGACAUUGCGUUCUGGGAAGCCAGUGAACCCUCAGAAUCUGCACGGGUUUGGUGCACUCUACUGCUGAAAGAAGAAAAAGAACUUUAUUUUUUCUUUCUUUCUUUUUUGUUUUUGUUUUUUGUUUUUUGUUUUUCUUUCUUUUUUUUCUUUUUUUGUUUGUUGUUGUUGCUCCAAGCACUACAAUACCCACAAUUCUUUUGGGGGGAGGAAGUGAAAACACGCAGCUUGUUUGGCCAGAUUAAUUUUUUUCUUGUUGUUGUUGUUGGUCUUUUUUUUUGUUUUCUUGUUUGUUUGUUUGUUUAUUCUUUCCUCUUUUUUUCCCUUUUCAAUCUGGUGUUUGGAUCCGGUGUUACAUCGCAAACAAAGAGUUUGGUGAAAUUCUCAAGGUAACAUCAUUGUCUACAUUUAACGGAGAAUUGUAGCUGUGUAUUUACAAAUACUAUAAAAAAAAAAAGGAAUAUUUUUAUUUUAUGUAAAUAUCAAAGUUCUUUAUUUGUUACAGCUAUGCACUGUAAAACGCAGCCUUUUUUAAAAAUGCGGAGAACAUUUCUUAAUUCAGAAUGUCGAUCUGUAGUGAUUACAAUACUGUAAAAGCGUUAUUGUACACCUACAUGAUGUGUAGAAGACAUGACAUGAUUGUAGAAAAAAACAGAAGAAGAAGAAGAAAAAAAAAAGAUGUGUCCGAAUGCUCAGUUUUGGGGGAGCACGUGAACAUGUGUCUUUUUUUUUUUAAGUUAUUUUUUUGUGGGAGAAAAAAAAACAGUCAACCAUGUAUAGUUUAUGUCUAUUUUUAAAGUUUCUCAAUCGGUGUUUUUUGCUUAUACAGCCACUGUAAAAUGCAUUUUUAACGUCUUUUUCAUGAUUGCAAAGAACGUUAGCCCAUUUUUUAACACAAUUGUUUCAUUCUAUACAUAUAUAUAUAUAUAGAUAUCUAUAUAUCUAUAUAUAUAUAUGAAUGUGGCUUUGCAUGGUCCUUGUUUGAUUACCUUCAAAGAGAGAGAAAACUGUAUUCACAUCUUUUCAAUCAGUGUAAACACAUAUUUAUCUAUUUAUUUUAGUAUUUGAAUCAGAAAAAAAAAUAUUUAUGGACUCCUCACUGAACGUGGUGUACCUCAUGAAAUUUAUUUGCUAUUUAUGUUAUGUCCUUUGAUUUGUGUUAUUUAACUCACAAUCACUAGACAGGGUGUACAAUAAAUGGUUUGGUGGGGAUAAUAUUACCUUCUAUGCCUUUCCGAAACAAUCAAAACAUUCAGCUAAUCAGUCCAGCGGUCAGCCUCUCCCCUAACAGUCACAUCUGCAGCGCAUAAAUCUUUUGGGGUUUAUUUCUUUUUCUUCCGUUUGUUUGUUUUCCUCCCGUACAAACACAGAACAUGAAGCAAUAAAAUGAUUUUGCAGGAAUUUCGUUGUGCCGUUGUGAACACACACACGCGCGCGCGCACACACACACACACACGUCGUCAUUGCUCCACUCACGCUUGAUUAUGUGAAUGCCAAACAAAAGUUUACAAUUUCCUUUUCCUGAAUUUUUUAAAAGAUCUUGUAUUUGAUGUACAAUAUAUAUAUAUAUAUAUAUAUGUAUAUAUAUAUAUAUAUAUGUAUAUGUAUAUAUAUAUGUAUAUGUAUAUAUAUAUAUACUACUAAUAUUAUUCACAAUAAUGACAAGAUGAUUAAUGAUAAUAAUAUAAAUGAAAGGAAAAAAACUAUAUAAAAAGCAAUAAAUUAUUUUUCAGAGUUGUAUUUUAGCUCCUAUUGUUGUGUGAUUUUUGGACUUGACCCAUUACCCAGUCGCUGGUAGUUAGGAUGACUCCAUUCCCCCCAGCAUCUCGGCAUCUCGUCACCGUGGCGUGACCUUGCGCGGUAAAACACUUGAAUAUGUCGUCGCCCACCCGCUCUUCCCUUUAAGACGUAACUGAGUCUGUGUAUGUCGUAAUGCACGUGUUGCUUUGUGACAUCAGUGCACAUGUGACCGGCUCUUAACCCCAACCCCGUGUGUUUAAAAUGUGUCGAGUUGAACGUGUUUGUUGUGUUAGUGCAUGGCUAUUACAGGACGACAUGCCGGUGCGGUGUAUACACCACUUUGGAUAACUGCCUCUCAGCUCUUAACUUGGCAGAUUUUAAAUGACGCUCUAUAAAGCCUAGUAGAAGAAGAAGAAAAAAAAAAUCUACUCAACAAUGUAUCGCAUGCUGCACCCCUCCUCCCCACUCACACACACACAGUCCAGAUAUCACAGCGCCGUCGACAUGACAUAAAAGGUAACCUUGCGGUUUCUGGUUCAAUUAAUAUCCCGUUUCGAGCGCGAGCCAAGUAAUGAGAGAACCGGCUUCCAUCACAGGAAGGGAAAAAAAAUCUUUUGUAUAAAAGCUUUGCUGAUCACAAGCUUCCUUUCAUCGAGUUUGAUUGUGGAGACAAGAAACAGCUAAUUUUUGUGAUGCAAAGAGGCAAAAAUUGGUUCAGGGAUGGAUUUCCCUCCAAAAAAAAUAAAAGAAAGAAAGAAAAAAAAUCCCUUUACCUGUGUUUUUUAAGACAUUGUUUUACUUUUUUGCUGUCUGUAUAGCGUUUGGGUAAUGGUGUCGUGUCCCAUUUGAUAGAUGUGGCUUUAAUCAUUGUAAUAAUAAAGAAAAAAAAUGCUUUGUAAAUUGCCUAGAGUAGCAAUAUAUUAUAACACCUUAUGGUUCAAAUUUCAACUGUGGCGGACUUUUUAAUAAUAUGGACGACAUUGCCACUGCUUAAACGUUUGUUGGGUAAUCAUGUUUUCUUUUUUCUUGUUUUUUUUUUUGGAAGGACAAUAUGUUUAUUGGAAAAUGUAUGCGUGUGUGUGUGUGUGUGUGAGUGUGUGUGUGUGUGUGUGUUUGUGGGGGGAGGGAGGGGAGGGCCAAGGGGUCGCUGUGGGUUGUUACCUGUUCGUGUCCUAUCCACGUUGCCUUCUGCCAAGUCCUUACCAAUGCCUUUGUGGUUCUACCUAUUGUACGACUUUCUUGUGAAUUUUAUUUUUUAUGUGCAAUUCUCAUCAGCCUCACCAUGCCAAUAAAGGGAAAUGUGUUUGAAAAAAACAAAACCCAACCAAAA